UUUGUUGUGAUACCGAUCGCUGAGGUGAUUAGGUGAAAAAGCGAGGAGAAAUCUCACUUCAUUAGAAUUGGAAAUUGAUCGCGAAACUGAUUUAAUUUUUUACUGCUAACUUCACUUAUUUUUCAUAUUAUGGUGCUACAUUUGUGUGAUAUGAGUGUUAUUUAGUACCUGAUUUGCAGAUUUUUAGUUAUUUCUUCAGCUACAAUGGUGGAGGGAAAUAAUACAACAGGUGCAACCACCACAUCCGGACAGAUCACGAAGAAAUUGGCGAUGGGUGAAUCAACAAAAUCCAUAGUAAUUCUAUCGGGAGUUUUUUUAUUGAGCUCGGUCAUUCUAGCAUCUGUUUAUUACACUUUUCCGGAAUUAGACCCCUCAGAAAAGCAAUAUUUUAGAUUGCCUCGGAGCUAUGAUGAUGCCCUCAAUUUAGGUCGAGUCCUAGAAAGAUACACUGAGAAAUACUAUUUUCAAGUCAUUUCUGCUAUGAUUUGUGUGUAUAUAUUUUUACAAACAUUUGCUAUCCCAGGGUCAAUUUUUCUAUCUGUAUUAUCAGGAUUUUUGUAUCCCUUUGCGGUAGCCUUGGGUUUAGUCUGCUUUUGCUCAGCAACGGGUGCAUCAUUUUGUUACCUUCUAUCUCAGUAUCUGGGAAGGAAAUUAGUCUACAAAUAUUUCCCAGAUCGAGCCAACAAAUAUGCUGUCUUGGUUCGAAAUCAUAAAGACGAUUUGCUGAGUUACAUAAUAUUUUUAAGAAUCACUCCAUUCCUACCUAACUGGUUUAUCAACAUUGCAGCUCCAGUCGUUGAUGUUCCUCUAGUACCAUUUUAUAUUGGCACUUUCCUCGGUGUUGCUCCCCCAUCAUUUGUGGCGAUACAAGGAGGAAAAAGUCUCCACGAAUUGACAAAAAGUGGCAAUACUAUGUCUCUAUCUUCUGUCAUUCUGCUUGCUGUUUUUGCAACAAUUUCUUUAAUACCAGUAUUUUUACGGACAAGGUUACGUGCAAAAUUUGAUUGAAAUCUCAAGAUACUGUAAUUAAUUCUAGUCCUUCGUCUUGGUCAAUGUAUUCUCAUUUUGUGGAGUCUAAAGCACAAGAAUUUUUUGUAUUUCAAUGGAGUAAAAUUUGGUACAAUUACUUACAGACCAUCUUAUGGCAUGUUGCUGUCAAAAGAUUUAUCACCCCUCUUUUAAUGUAAAAGGCAGGUGUUACACCGUAAAAAAGUAACACUUUAUUAAGAUGGAUGGGAAAUUGAAAGUAAUUACCGGGAGGAGACCUGUGUUUUUAAUGUAAUAUUAUUUCUAUUCUUUUUAAAUUUAUCUGAAGCCACAAAACCAUUCGAAUUGUUUGUGGUUCAAAAUUUGGUCAGGAGGAAUCAUUCCUCUACAAUGUCAAUGUAUUUUUGAGGUGACAAGAAACUUUUUAAAACUGAUCAAGAUUUUAAAUUUAUCUUGAAAACAUAAUUUCAUCGAAAUGGUGGUAUUAAGCCCAAUCCACACAGUUUUAUUUUUCAUCCAACUUUUCUUUCAUUUCCAUUGCAUGGAAAUUUUUCCUGAUUGAAAUAUGUGCACAGUACAAAUUUUCACCCAUGAAAGUUUCAAGAAAAGUUGAAUCGUGUGAAUUGGGCUGAACAGUUCCAAGAAAUGUGACUAGUUCUUUUAUUAUUGCUAUUUUUUUUCUUUUUUUUUAAAAAAAGAAAACUUUUAAAGAAAAUCAAAAAUUCUAGACAUGGGGUAAAGCCAGCUCCUGGAACAGGAGAGGAGGAUUAUUUUUAUUUUUUCUCUUUUUAAUUUUUUUCAGAAGUCAAUAUUUUUAUUUACAAAAUGGUAACUUUGCUUUUGUUUAUAUUUCAUUCUUUUCAUAGUAGAAUUACGAAGUAAGACCAAUGAAAAUUUGAUUUUUAAGGGAAUAAGUCUCAUUCAAUCAGUUAAUCAUUCUUCUGGGCUCACUUUCAACAAAGAGCUUGCUAGUAUUUACUGUUAAUUUAAUAUGAGGGCCUUCAAAAGAGCUAGAUUUCCUAUUUUAUAAGUAUGAAAUAAACAGAAUAAAUGGAAUUAUUAAUAGGUACAUAUUAAGCUCACUUUCAAUUUUGGACCACAUCCCAUUGACCCCUGACCCACCGACACUGAGCAAAUGAGUUUUACUUUUCUUCAUACUUCUCUCUUUUUUCUAAUUUUACUUAUCCUUUCCUAUUUCAAGUGAAGUUUCAAAGAUAUUGUAACUACCGCAUCAAGCUUAAAUUCUAGUACGCACUGUUCCCAAAAUUUUAGUGUAAACAUAUGUAUCUUCCUAGCUUGGUUGCGGCCAAUAUGUGCUCAAGCUGUAAAUCCUGAUAAUAACGUGCUUUAUCACAUACUCAGGAUUCUUCAAAAAUUCCCGUGAAAGAUUUUUAAGGAAAUUUUAACCAAGAUUUUCUAAUAUUUCAUUUUAAUUAAUCAAAAUAAUGACUGGGGUGAUUAUGGGCGUAAUCUUCCUUCUCUUCCCUCCCCCAACCCCCCCUUACUGGUUUUAGGCAGGCAAAUUGUCACAGAAGGAGCCUAAUACAUUCAUGAAAAUUCUUUUUUCUUUGUCAUUACUUUUCAGUUUAUGUCAGUAUAGUUCGCCCAAGAGAUGAAAUGAUUUUCCACAUUUUACAAUGCACAAUUUUGUCAGUACUUAAUUUUCAAGGCUUUAGCAUUGAAUCAAGCCUAAAAAUCAUGUGAGGGAAAGUAUUUGUAUAGCAUCUUUUGCUAUGAUUUUUUACCUUAUUUAUAUUUUCUUUUUUUAUCUUAAAAAAAAAGAAUAGGUAGGCCAUAAAAAAAAAAAAAAAAAUUCUGUAGGAUAUCUUGGAGAAUCACUCUACAUUCCAACAGAGAUAGAAUUUGUAUGUGUCUAGAAUUAACCUUUGUAAUACAUAUUCGUUUUUAAUAGUUAUUAUCUUGAUAUUUUAUUUAGUUAUGUUUUUCCUUUUUAUCAGUUUGAAAUUUAUUUGACACAUAGGGAAGGCCAGGUGGAAUUUUAAUUUAUCUGAUUUGUUAUCCGAUUGCUAAGAGACCAUACUUCUUUAAUUGAUUAGCAAACAUAGAAUCUGUUUUGAAAAGGAAUUCUCAAUCAAUUUGUUUCGGAAUUGAUUUUUGACUCAAAUCUUAAUUUUAGUAAACCCAACUUUAAAUUUUUUUGAAUUUUUAAAUUACCAACGACAUACCAUUCUGCCUUUUUUUGUAACUUUUACUGUGAAUUUCUUUGCUGCUGGAUAUUGUAAUAUCAUUUUAUCAUAAUAUGCACCAGCAUUACUUAUUUGACGCUGAUGCAAAUUUUUUUGUCAAUCCUCCGAUUUGAUUUUGGAUUCUGUUGGAAAUCAGCUGUUGGUUUUUGCAGUGAUGGAAACUAGCUCAGUAAAAUAUGCAUUUAUGAUAAUAAAUAAAUUGACAAGACUAUAGGACUA